AUGUUCCUAAUGAGGAGAGCUUCAUUUCUUGCUACUCUUUUUGUACUCGGCUGCUCUGCCCAGAAUCGACCAGAUCCUCAAGCCUUCAUCAAUGGAAGAGCAUGGAUGAUUGAUGAAACCAAUUUUCCAAAACAUUAUGCUCGCUUUCCUCCAAACGACAAGAUACAUCACAAGAAGGGUGCGUUAUCCUACUAUGUUUUGAACAAUGAGAAGAAGGUUCUAUAUGUACCCAAUUUUGUGAAUGAGACGGUUGCGCAUGAUAUCCAAUUGUUUUGCAUCGAAGGGAAACGAUUUACCGACAGCCGAAUCCGAGGAACCACCAGUGAUGGAAGCAAUGUUGAAAAGAAUGAUCAUCGAACGAGUGAAUCUUGUCCGUUGGUUCCAGCAGCUGCCUACCUCUCGAAUCCUCGCUUCCAAGAAAUGUUGGAGCAAGACCCAUUGCCACCACAGGUAGCUCAGGUGGCCCGUGAAGUAGAUGUAUCUUGGGAUAUUGCAGUUCGAUCGUCGGAAUUGUUGGGGGUAAAUCCCCACUUGGUGGAAUCCUUGCAAGUGGUCCGAUACACUAGUCCAGAUGCCGAAUACAAAUUGCACCACGACCAUGGAGGUUACUAUGGAAAAAGUAGUGAACACCGAUCUUGGACCAUGCUAAUAUUCUUGAACGAUGUGGAAAAUGCUGGGGGUCAUACGUCCUUCCCCAAGCUGAAUUUAGAAGUUGUCCCACGAGGAGGCGAUGCCUUGGUAUGGUCCAAUACGAUCGACUCCAAAGUGGACGAGGACAUGGUGCAUGCUGGAAAGCCUCCUUCCAAGGCGGGAGUCGAGAAGUAUGCUGUCAAUGUUUGGUUUGGGGAAGAAUCCUUUGAAAAUCGUAUAAAAGAGGGGCAAACGUGGUCAUAG